AUGGAGGGCUCGGCGAGCAAUGAUUCGCAGCGACCGCAAAGCGUUGCAGAGGCCGCCCGCAAUAAUCCCGGGACCACUUUCCUUGAGAGGAUGACCUACCUUCGUGCAGCCGAGCGUGCCAGCAUUAAGCCUUUGCAAAGCCUCACCGAGAGCGAAACGCCUUCUUCUGCUGGAGAUAUUGAGCCGUCUGCGCCUCCAACGGCCGCAGAAGGCGUUAUACCUUUGAGUGUCCGCCACGAUAAAGCCCCUCCAGCGAGAUUAGGCCACGAAACUGCGUCACCCGUUCCGUUUGUUGCCCCUCAGGCUUUGCACUAUAACCCAGAUCAGCCAGCAUUAUUAGGAGAAGCUGGAGUGAAGCUGGGCACAACUAAUCUAUCAACGCCGACUGCGUCGUUAGAGUUAGCGGCACAGCAGUUGGACCAUGGGGCCUCGUUCGAGAAACGGGUGAUGGAAGAACACAAAGGGGUUUCUUUGGGGUCCUUUGAAUUUGCAAUUCCUCUCUCUAUGGACUCCAGGGUUAAAGAUGAUUAUGAUAACACUCUUGAAGAGAUGAGCAAAAAUAUUCGGAAAUUUGUGGCUGGUUCUGCAAGUUCGACAGGAGCAGAGAUCGAGGAUUCACUUGCACCGCAAAUGCGUCGAAUGAUAGAAAGGCUUGAUAAUAUUAGCACUCACCCGGAUCUGAAUUUGCCCGACCAACCAAGCAGCGGCUCUCUGGAAGUAGAAAAAGAAGCGUCUUGGGCAGAAUAUUCAAGCUCUAAAUUUCAGUUCCUUGGGUAUUUUAUAGAUGCAGUUUCGGAAGCUUCUUUGGCACGCCCCAUCCAUGUGAUUGUUAUGGCAAAACCCGGCACCACCAUUGAUAUUUUAACGAAAUAUUUUUUGGGCAAGCAACUGGAAAAGAAUCCUUCAGAGGUACCGGGAAAGCAGCAAUCGGUGUUUACAUCUGGUCACCUUAGUUUUGAACUCCGCAUGGCCGGAGGGGACCCUACAGCUACACCUUUCAAAGAGCCUUCGAUAAUUAUUGCUUUGGAUAGCUCUUUCAAUGCGAGCGAUCCUACCGUCAUCCAAUUGCGGACUACUUCUUCUCCUGACCGUCUCGUUCCCGUUGUCAGACUCAUCAUUUCUAACACUGCGGAGCAUAUCGCACUUUGUUUGCCCGAAUUCUCCGAUUUGGACAAACUUCGGCUACUUGUCAAAUAUACAAACUUCUACAGCAGCGUUGCGGGAGAAGUUCAAGAUGACGCUCUUGGAGUCCAGGAAAAUGCUGAAGAGACUCUCCGUUACCUCUUAUCGGACCCAGACGCCAGAGAAUGGACUUUACCAGACGUUGAGGUGGUGGGGAUUCCAAUUUCUGAGCAAAGUUCUUUAGAACCCGAGCAAUUACGCACAAUGUCGGCUUCGAGACAGAAGCGUUGGCUGGGCCAGGAUGAUGGAGAAGAAGUUGAUAUUGAGAACUCAUCGAAGCGACAGAGGAUGACGCCGUUCCAGGACAUCACUCACAUAAGUGACUCAAUGAAAGGCCAAACUCAAGGAACCCAAGAGGCUAGCCCUUUGAAGUCUCAGGGUAAGAGUGAUACCGCCGAGAAUGCGGAGACUAGGGAACUCCGAGCAACUCUGGAGGAUUUACAAAACCGGUUACAAGCGGUGGAAGCAAAUUUUGCUAACCUUCAACAUCGAUAUGAAUCGAAACAUGAACUAUAUCAUAAGAUUCGUCGAGAACUUAACCAAACUGCCGAAUCCGCCAAACGAUCAGCAGCUCGAGUAGAAAAGCAGAAGGAAGAAAUCUCUAGGCUUAGGGAUGAAAAGUCUGCUUUGAUUAAAGACCUUGAGGAGGCUCGACAAACCAUUCGGGAGGGUGGAGGCUUGCCUGCAGAUUUGGAAAACGCUAAGGAGGAAAUCCGCAAACUGUCAGAAGAAAAUUCAAGGUUAGAGCGUGUAUCUCAACAAGAACGCUCACAGUCAGAAUUUACACGACAGCAAUAUCAAAACGCCUCGAGCGCUGCAGCCCAAUCGGGGAUAGAAGUGCGUCAACUUGGCGAGCAGGUUGAGGAGUUGAAACGGAAAUCUAGCGGUGAAGCAAGCAGGUUGAAAGAACUGCGGACGCAAAGCACGGAAAAGGAGCACCUUGCUCGUGUGCAAGAGCUAGAAAAGUUACUUGCGUCACGGGAGAAGCUUUUGAUGAUGAAGGAGGAGGAGGUCAAGGAUCUGAGAAAGAAUCGGCCUGCUACGCGAUCAACAAGCACCCAGCCCCGGAGCCCCAAGUUCGCUGGAAUGAGCCGUCCCGCAAGCCCAGCGCCAAAUUCGUCGACCGGGUCGAACAAUCUCGGACGAGGAAGUGUCCUAAGAUUUCGCGUGGAGCCAUGA